UGCGUGUGUUAAGGUGCGUGUAUGAAGUACCUCCGACGUCUUCCCCGCAGGCGCCUUCGCCUCUGCCAAUCGCUGGGUAUUCUUGUCGUCCGUCUCUCAGCGUUGUUCGAGUCUGGAUCUCGGACGCCCUAGUGAUAGCCCGAAGCCGUCGAGAAAGCUUUCGAUAUUGAGAUAUCGGACGGAUCUGACGGCGGCGAGGGUUGGGAUUGAUCGGAUUAGGUCUGGUCUCGGAAUCUUUGAUCGUGAUCGCAACGGGAUUGAAGCUGCCCUAGUCGGUCCUUUUGGUGAAGAUGGCUUAAUCGAUGUAUGUGGAAUUUCUCUCUUUCAAUUCAAUGAUUAGAGAAAUUUAUGUCCCAUGAUGUUCUGGAUAUGGCAACAACAAUAUUCUCUCAUUUGCAAAAUCUCUGGCCAUUUUCAGGAUCAAAGACUGAUGACCUGAAAAUUUCAGCUCAACUAGUUCGCAAGCUCUCAGUCCCAGAUAAGACAAAGCAGUUUGUUUUUGCUCUUCGUGAACCUGAUUCUGAUGCCGUAGUGUAUAUACUAGCUGCUCAAAACUUAUCACUACAAUCUGCCUUAGAUGCAGAAUACCUCAUCAAAGAAGUUCAGCCCAAAGUUGUAGUAGCUCAGAUUUCCCCAUCAGUGUUGGCUGAUAUUCGAUCAGAAGAGAAGUGCUUAAGAAAUGAUCAAGUAAACCAUGUACCAACUUCAUCAUUUGGGGUGCUUAAAAGAUGUCUUAUGGAAAAGAUCAACAAAGAUCACUAUGAAAGUUUUGCGGGGUGUCAUGUCUUGCGUGAGAUUUUUGGGGUUGGAUUUUAUGGCCAUUUCUUGGUAGCAAAGAGAGCUGCAGAAGAUGUACAUUCGCAUUUUAUGUUACUGGAAUCACCAUAUGAGAAAGGAUGUACUGCAACUUCUGUAGAAAAUGACAAAGAUGGAGGUCAGAGCUUUGCAUUGCACAUACAAACGAGUGGUUUGCUUCCUGGAAAAGUUACUUCCGCCAUUUACUCAAGUUCUAAAAGAAUUUGUCUUGAUACUGCACUUCAGUCACAAGCAAUUAGGUCACUGAUUCCAUCCCUUGAUCUAAUAAUCUCGAAAGAAAUUCUGUCCGACGACAAUUCAGAAGUGGAAUCUGGAAAAGAUCGGUCAAAUUGUAGUUUCAAGGUGCCCCCAUUUGCACAGUCUUUUUACCCGUUACUUGCAGAUCUACAUCACAUAUUCAUAGACCUUCCAUAUAUUGCAAAAGCUAUGGUUUCUGUACAGAAAAUACUUGCUGAUAUCAAUGAUGGACAGCCGGUUAACACUCAAACCUUAUCUAAUGUCUAUAUCUUCAGAAUUGCGAUUGAAGGUGUAAGGAUAGCUUUAAACAAUGCUGCACGUUUACCUAUGGAUAGAGGAGGGAAAAGCAACUCAACAAAGUUGGAGUAUUCUGAGCUCCCUUCUGAAGAAAAAUCACAUGUUCUUUUUGUGCAAGCUCUCAGGAGCCAAGCUAGGAAGUUUGGAUCUGUGGUGGCUAUAGUUGAUGCAGGAUGCUUGGCUGGUCUCAGGAGGCACUGGAAUACAUCUGUUCCUCUCAAGAUUGCAGAUUUAACUGAUCAAUGUUUCACGGAAUAUUAUGCUCAUGAUCUUGAUGCUAAUGAUGAAAAGGAGGAGGAUAUGAGAAAAACAGGGCUUCUGGCAGACAAGCCUGUCGUGGCAUUUGGUGCCGGAGCUACAGCAGCCCUUGGUGCAUCAUCACUAUCAAAAGCCAUUCCCGCGUCAACAUUCAUUAAGCUUGCAACAUAUAAGAUUCCUGCGACCUUGAAAUUUGGCUUAGCAAAUCUGCAAAGGGCAGCUACUAUCGGACUUGGGAACAUUCUUGGGUCAUCAAAUCCCCUCACACAUGGGCUUGCAAGUGCUGGAGCCAAGACCUUGCCCUGGAAGUUCACAGUGUCAGCAGAGAAGAUUCGUGCCGUGACACACACUAUGAUAGCAUCAGCUGAGAGGACAAGCUUGUUGGCCAUGAGGACAUCAUUUUAUGAGAUUAUGAGGAGAAGGGGUGUCCGACCACUUAGAUUUAUGCCAUUAGCUACUUUUAGUUGUAGCAUGGUUGCUUGCACUGGACUUCUGGCUUAUGGAGAUCGUAUUGAAUGUGUUGCUGAAUCAUUGCCUAAUGUUCCCAUGAUUGCUUCUUUGGGUCGUGGGCUAGAGAGCUUACGCCAGGCAUCUAAGGAAGUGAGAAUGACCGAUGGUUCCAAGAUACAGAAAGUUUUACAGACCCUCGUGUACAACUUGAAGAAAAUGAGAACACAAUGAAAAAGAUUUGAGAUAUAUCCUGGUUAUUUGAUUUUUGUUUUUAAUCCAUGACAAUCAAAGAUGCUGCAUAUCGGAUUUUACA